AUACCUUGAAAUUUAUUUUUAGUAUCUAACGGUACCAAAAAAGUAUGCACAACUAACGCCAAUAACCGGAAAAAAUAAAUACGUAUGUACUAUGAAAUACUCGUAUAAUCUUUUCAAAGCAACUACUUGAAUCAUUUUCUUUCCAUAUAUUUGAAACGGAAAAAUGUAUACAAAAUCGUAGCUUAAUUAGUUAAACUAUUUAAUAAUUUCUAACUAUUUAAUACAAAAAUAUUAUUGAAAAAUAUAACCUAUUUUUUUUGCAUUACAAUAGAUAUAAAUUAUAUAAAUUAUAUUAUUAAAUAAAAUAUUAUUGCAAAACUUAAAUUCUUCCCAAGAAGAAGUUUUAUGAAAAAAGGAAGUUGGUAACACUUACCAAUAGGUAGCACUGUUUAUUGCCAAGCAACUUCAAUUUCCUGUUUUAACGACACGGUCGCCAUGUUGGCGGAAUGAUCUAUUGUGUGCCCGCGUUGAUAUGUACUCCAUUUUAACGUUCGAUAUUUAUAUGUACAAGAUUAUACAAAGUUUCAUAAAUAAGAAGAGAUACAGUAUCUAACAACAUUUACUUUUGAUUUACUUUUUUUCAUUCGUCGUUGGAGAAAAAAAUUGGAACAUCGCCAAUUCUCAACGAAUAUCGUGCAAUUUUUGGUUUUUGCACAUUGCCAAAAUGAUGUACACGGGGACUACCGCGUCACAGGACACGAGGUUCAGCGAUAAGGAGAAAAAACUUCUCAAACAAAUGAAAUUUGGGGAUUCUCUUACUCAGAAAGUGGAUAUGAGCAAAGUUAAACUGGAUGUUAUUAAACCAUGGAUAACUACAAAGAUUACACAGAUUUUAGGCAUGGAGGAUGAUGUAGUGGUAGAAUUUGUAUAUAAUCAACUGGAAGAAAAGUUUCCUGACCCCCGAAAAAUGCAGAUCAACCUCACAGGAUUCCUGAAUGGAAGGAAUGCCCGAUCUUUCAUGGGUGAAUUAUGGGACCUUUUGGUCUCUGCUCAGGAAAGUGUUACGGGCAUUCCAGAGGCUUUCUUACAACAAAAAAAAGAUCAAAUUAAGAAACGUUUGGAAGAGCAAGAGAAACUCCAAGCUUCUUUGGCGGAGAAAGAAAAGGAGAAGGAAAGAGAAAAGGAAAAAGAUGAAGCAGAAAACAAGAUAAAAAAAGAAGAAAAAGAACGAGGUUCAUCGAAAGAACGUCGUAGAGAUCGAAGUAGAGAUCGCGAUAGGGACAGAAAAAGAAGUCGAUCGAGAGAUCGACACAGAGAUCGUGACAGAUCGACUCGCAAACGACGAUCCUCUUCGAGAUCACCCAGUAAAAAUUCGCUUAAAGACAACGGGAAAGAUAUGUCUGAAAUUAAAGUGGAACGAGAAGAUUCGCCACAACCCGAAAAUGCUAUACCGCUCAUGCCUGUUAAAACAAAACCAGAAGCUGCUGUCGCAAUAUCUCGAUUACAAGCAAAAUUAAUGAGCAUAGCUGAUGGAAAAAAGAAAAAUAAUCGUACUCCUUCUCCCGAGUCAUUAGAAAAAGCGAAAAAAUCUAGAUCUAGAUCAAAAUCACCAAUAAAUCGCUCCAAAAAAUCUAGAUCUAAAUCCCCAAGUCGAGAUUCAAAGACACGUCGUUCUCGAUCACCUGCAUCUAGAUCGAGACGAUCUCGAUCUAAAUCAAGAUCAAGGAGAUCCAGAUCUAGAUCAAAAUCCAGAAGAUCCAAAUCUAGAUCGCAAGAUCGUUCAAAAUCAAGACGUACCAAAUCUAAAUCGCCAAGAUCGCAUUCGAGAUCUCGUUCACGAUCUAAAAAAUCACGAUCAAAAAGUAAUGAUAGAAGUAAAUCUAGAAAAUCAAGAUCGGACUCGAGCGAUUCAAGGUCAUCAAAAUCUCGUUCAAAAUCACCUGAUAAAAGAAAGGAGAAUCUCGAUUCUAACAGAAAACGAGAUGCAAGUUCAAGCAGUAGUUCCGAAUCGGAAGAAGAUAAAGGAGCAAAAGAUAAAAACGAUUUCGAAAUUAGAAAGAAAAAAGAUGGAGUACAGGCAAAGAGAUCGUAUAGAAAAACGAAUAAAGAUGACAGUGGCAGUGACAGUGAUUCAAGUCGAGAAAGGAAAUCUGUACCUAAACGAAGGAGCCCAACGCCACGAAAAGAUAGAGGUCGAUCUAAGGAUAGAGAUAGAUCGCGAGAUAGAUCACGUGAUAGAUCUCGGGAUAGAUCUCGGGAUAGAUCUCGGGAUAGGAAUAGAAGGAGAUCCAUAGAUAGAGAACGGGAAAGAAGAAGAGAGCGAGAGCGAGAAAGAGAGCGAGAAAGAUUGGAUAGAUAUAGCGGUAGUCGUAGCAUGCGACCUCCAUCUGUGCGUAGAGCACCUAGUAGACGGAGAAGCCCUCAUCGUAGAAGCCCGGUAAGAUAUCGCCGUAGAUCGCCCAGUCCUGGGGAUAGGCGCCGAAGAAGAUCCCUUGAUCGAAGACGAAGAUCAUCAGAAAGAAGAGACAGACGUCGAUCUCCAGAUCGUCGUGAUAGCAGACGUCGUUCUCCAGAUGGCCGGGAUCGAUCCCUCAGGUACGAUAGAUCUUCCUCUCGUGACAGAUCGAGUAGGCGGGACCGUUCCAGAGACAGAGACAGAAGGGAUAGAGAUAGAAGAUCUAGAUCUAGGGAUCGUAGAUCCAGAUCGAAAGAUCAAAGGUCAUCGGUGGAUCGUUCGAGAGAUGGAAAACGAUCUCCCGAUCGCUUAAGAGAAACUAAGGAGAAGAUAAAGGACAAGAAAGUGGAUGAAAAAAUUAAAAGAUCAACUGAUACGGGAUCGCGAAAAGAAUUACGAAACGGAAGGUCUAAGUCAAGUAGCUCGGAAAGUAGCGAAAGUAGUUCCUCUAGCAAUGAGGAUGAAGUGACCAGAAAAUCUCUUGAACGGAAAUCAUCUCAGGAAAAGCGAGAACGUGAGAGGGAACGAGAACAUGUAGAUGACAAACGUAAAGAAAAGGAAAAACCUGCCAAGGAAGAAUCUAUCAAACGACCUGAAAAGGACAUCAAGAAAGCUGAACCUGUAAACAUCAAGAAACCAGAUCCUAGCGUUUCUCCUAAAAAACUUCAAUCUGCUACACUUCCCGUAACUAGGCAUAGAUUUUCAAAGAGUUUAUCACGAACACCAUCUCCAUUUAAAAAGACUGAAGACAUUAUAGCUGCAGUUAAAGUUAAACAAUCAAAAGAAGAUAACAAGGAAGGAUCACCAAAAGAAGAAACGAAUUUUUCAUCCGCAGAUACUUUUCCGUUAAAAAAAGAUGACAAAUCGGUCAAAUCACUUAAAGUGGCAUCUGAGGAUAAAAAGUCAGGUCAAAAAUCUUCUGAGCCAAUACUUUUAAAAAAACCAGCAGAAGUUAUGAAGAAAUCGAAGAAAGAAAAACGCGAUGGUUCUACAGAUUCUAAUGACAGUGAAAGUGAAGGAAAGAAAAGACCAAGAAAAUUAGAGAAAUCUAGGAAAUCCAGAAAAACUUCUACAGAUGAAGAAAAAUCAGAAAAAUGUGGUUCUAGCUCGGAUUCUGAAGAGGAAAGAAAGCAUACAGAAAAGAAUAAAAAACUUAAAGAUACAAAUCGAGGAGACUCAUUAGAUGAACGUGCAAAAGACAGGAAAGAUAGUAGAAAACGAGAAAUCAAUGAAAACGAAUCUCGCAAACGAUCAAAAAAAGAAUUAGAAGAAGAAACAAAAAAAUCAAAAAGAUCAAGAAAAGAUUCUUCUUCAGGAGAUGAAGAUCAAAAGAUAAAAAGAAACAAAACUGAAGAUGAUAGAUCCAGAUUACGAAAAUCUAAAAAAGAUUCAAGUUCAGAUGAUGAACCAAAAAAAACACGAAAACGAAGAGACAGUUCUUCGGAGGACGAAAAAUCAAGAACAAGAAAAUCAAGAAAAGAUUCUACAAGUGAAGAUGAAGGAAAAGUACGAUUAAAGAAAUCUAAACGAGAUUCAAGUACAGAUGAUGAAGAAAUAGGAGAAAAAGAUGCAAAGAAAAAGAGAAAAGCUGAUGAUAGUUCAGAUGAAGAAAAAGUGAAGAAAAAACGUAAAAAGAAAACUAAAACAAGUACCAGUGAAUCAGAGGAAAGUGAAGUAGAAGAAAAGAAAAAGAAAAAGGAUAAGAAACACAAAAAACAUAAAAAACAUAAAAAGCAUAGGAAACAUAAAAAGAAGAAGGUUGCAGAUUCUGACGAAUCUGAUGUAAGUGAAGGUAAUACAGAAGAACUUGAAAAAAAACUUCGUGAAAAAGCAUUAAAAUCCAUGAAAAAAGGACAUAGUAUAGAAGGAAGUGAUUGAGGAUUUAAAAAUUAACGAGGGUGUGUAACGUGUGUACCUCUGUAUUACAAUGCACUUGCUCUAAUUAUAUCACGAAUACGUUUCUGUUUAUUAUUAUCGAUAAAUAGGAUUUUAUCGUAUCACAGUUUUUUGUGUAAAACAAGUCUGAUGUUAUAAAACAGAUUCAACUAGAUGAAAAAAUCUAAUUUUUAUGACUCUAAAUAUUAAGAUUACGAAGUUAAAUACAAUAGUUGGGUUUUUUUUUGAAUUAACAGAAAAAAGUAGUGUAUGUUGCUACCAUAGGAACAGUAAUUUUUUGUGCCACUUCAAUGUAUAAUUUUUACAUUUUUCAAAGUUGAUACAAUGAGCAAAAGUAUAGUAUCCUUUUAUAGUUUAUAAGUUUACUAAUUAAUAUUUUUUUAUAGCAUGAUAAAAAUAACUUGUAAAUUUAAUUUGUGUAAAAAUAAUUUUUCAUUGAUUUAUCUUAUAAUUAUAUCAAAAGAAUGAAUUGCAGCUUAAAGAUAAAUACGUAUCUCGUAACAAAUCACUACACCCUCUUGUUGCGAUAUUCAUUCACAUAAAUUAUAUAAUGAACUUUAAUCUACAUUGCUGUAAAUUUAUUUAGAUCUACAAAUUACUACUGGAUUUAUACGUGAUGUGAUUUUCACGUAUGCUGUAGUAUCAAAAAAAUACAUGAUUUUCAAAAAAAAGCGUAUUUUGUAUUUUACAUAAUAUAUAAAUAAUCAUCACAUAUUCUUAUGUGUUCUACAUAAUAAAGAACAUUUAAUAAAUCUGUUCAUUAUUAUAAA